AUGAUGGCGGAGCAGGUGACAUGCGCCUCGGCGGGGGGCGGCUCCGGCGCGGGCUCCUCCGGGCCGGUGGUGAACGCCGAGCUGGAGGUGAAGAAGCUGCAGGAGCUGGUGCGCAAGCUGGAGAAGCAGAACGAGCAGCUGCGGAGCCGGGCGGCCAGCGCGGCCGCCGCCCCGCACCUGCUGCUGCUGCCGCCGCCGCCGCAGCCCGCCGCGCCGCCCCCCGCCGGGGCCUGCAGCCCGCUGGGCCCCCGGAGCCCCCCGGCCGCCGCCUCCACCCCCGCCCCGGGGGCCCUGGGGCUCGGGCUGGCGCUGGGCUCUGCUGGCAGUGGGAGCGGCGGGAGCGGCGGCAGCAGCCCCGCUUUCCCGGGGACCUUCUGCCUGCCCAGCCCCGCGCCCUCCCUGCUCUGCAGCCUGGCGCAGCCCCCCGACGCGCCCUUCGUCUACUUCAAGCCGGCCGCGGGCUUCUUCGGCGGCGCGGGCGGCGGCGGGCCGGAGCCGGGGGGCGCGGGGACGCCGCCGGGGGUGCCCCCUGCGCCGCCCUCCCCGCCCCCCACGCCGCUGGACGAGGUGGAGCCGCUGGACCUGGAGAGCCUGGCAGCCUGGCGCGCCGAGGACGAUUACACCUGGUUAUACGUUGGGUCUUCAAAGACAUUCUCAUCAUCAGAAAAAUCCCUGAGCCCUUUGCAGUGGUGUAGACACGUCCUAGAUAAUCCGACUCCGGAGAUGGAAGCAGCAAGGCGCUCCCUGUGCCAUAGACUGGAGCAAGGUUACACCUCCAGGGGUUCCCCUCUCAGCCCCCAGUCGUCCAUAGACAGCGAGCUGAGCACGUCAGAACUGGAGGACGACUCCAUCUCCAUGGGGUACAAGCUGCAGGACCUCACUGACGUGCAGAUCAUGGCUCGUCUGCAAGAAGAAAGUCUCAGGCAAGAUUAUGCUUCCACGUCAGCAUCCGUGUCAAGACACAGUUCCAGUGUGUCGUUGAGUUCAGGAAAGAAAGGGACAUGUAGUGACCAAGAAUAUGACCGAUUCAGUUUAGAGGAUGAGGAAGAAUUUGACCAUUUGCCACCACCUCAGCCCCGUCUUCCAAGAUGCUCACCUUUCCAAAGAGGAAUUCCCCAUUCACAGACUUUCUCCAGCAUUCGGGAAUGUAGGAGGAGCCCCAGUUCCCAGUAUUUCCCUUCCAAUAGUUACCAGCAGCAACAGUGUUACUCACCUCAAGCCCAAACUCCAGAUCAGCAACCAAAUAGGACCAACGGAGACAAGCUCCGAAGAAGUAUGCCUAAUCUAGCUCGGAUGCCAAGCACAACGGGUGUUAGCAGCAAUGUGAGUUCUCCAGUCACCGUGCGAAAUAGUCAGAGCUUUGACUCAAGCUUGCACGGAGCUGGAAAUGGGCUUUCAAGAAUACAGUCUUGUAUUCCUUCACCAGGACAGCUUCAACAUAGAAUCCAUAGCGUGGGUCAUUUCCCUGUGUCUGUUCGACAGCCUCUUAAAGCUACAGCCUACGUGAGCCCAACUGUUCAAGGCAGCAGUAACACGCCUUUAUCCAAUGGCUUACAAUUAUAUUCCAACACGGGAAUCCCCACACCAAACAAAGCUACCACUUCUGGGAUAAUGGGCCGCAGUGCACUUCCAAGACCUUCACUGGCAAUAAAUGGGAGUAACCUGCCUCGAAGCAAAAUUGCACAACCUGUCAGAAGCUUCCUUCAGCCUCCAAAGCCUCUGUCUUCACUCAGCACUCUGAGGGACGGAAACUGGAGAGAUGGUUGCUACUGA